GUAUUUCACACUUUUAUAGUAAACUUUGUUUGAAUAUUCGAUUUACAUGAAAUUACCCCGGUAUGCCAUAAUAUCAUACAGGAAGUGUACUUUCAUCUUUGUGAUAGUACGAAGUUUACAUCUUUCUAUAUGUUAUAUCGUACGCAAAGGGAAUUUUAAACAAGUUACUUGACAUUGGAGGAUGAUUCCAAAACACGUCAUAUUUUUAUUGCUAUAUUCUUUACAAAUGGCAUAUCCUCUUGUUGACACGAAGGACAGUGGAGAAUGUGUUCGAAAACAAAACACCACUAAUUGCUGUGCGAACUAUGCUUAUAAUGCAUCAGUGAAGGAUUGCGUCGAAUGUGUAGGAAGCUUUGGUCAUAAUUGUUCAGAGGAGUGCCCAGGUGGAUUUUACGGAAGAUCAUGUAACAGUAAAUGCAGAUGUUCUAAUGACACUUGUAAUAAAAUAUCGGGAUGCUUGGAACACAGACCGAGUGAGAAGGAUGGAAUCUGCUAUGACAAAGAGAAUGAUACUUACUGUUGUGCAAACUACAUGUACCUAAAGAAUGAGCAUAGAUGUAAAGAGUGUGUGGGAAGGUUUGGCAUCAACUGCAGUCACAAAUGUCUAGAAGGAUACUACGGAAAACAAUGCAGUGAGAAAUGCACGUGCAAUGCCAGUCAGUGUGACGAGAUACUGGGUUGUCUGGAACCUUCCUCAGAAUUCGGUAGAGACGGACAGUCAGUGUCGUUAUCCACUAAAAUCGUCCUACCUGCUUCAUUAGCCGCUGGAACUCUGUUACUUUGCAUUACUAUAGGAUGUCUGUGCAGGUUUUUAAAGAAGAAGCACACUGCCGAAAUUCAAACCAACCACGCUAACACAACAAAUAUGGGACAAGAUGAAGAUUCUGCUUGUAUCUAUGCUGCUGUGAAUCGUCCAAAGAAAAAAAAGGGUUAAUGGCAUGUCACAACAUGAUACUACGUACGGCAACGCAUCGAUUUUAAAAGAAUCACAACACGAAGGCACUGACGUAAGAAUUGAUAUGUCCGUAUCUCAAGAAAAACACAUGGUGGAAGAUUUGGAUACGGAAUACAGCAUGUGUUUAGAGGUUGGGGAAAUGUACGAUGAUACAGUUUGUAUGACUCUCUCACAAUCUGUUGAAAGAAUACAUUCAUCUGAAAUCGAGAGUUUUUCGAUUUAAGUGAUUUCCCAAGAGAAAGAGGAAGACAGGAGCUGUACAUUUCCAAAAAUCAUUCGGAGAGACUGAGAGUCGAAAUUCGCAACGUCUUGAUGAUAAGCGUCAUUUUUGUUGUCAGAAAAAAAUUAAAUUACUUCAAAAUUGAAUGAUUUAAAGACAAAUUUUCAGGUGAAAUAAUGAGAAAUGUGCAACAUACACAUUAGUUGAUACUACAUGUAGCACUUAGAAAUAUCCCAUCAUUAUCACAAACAUUUUACACAAUAGAUCUAUUUUAAACAUGCUGUAUUAAAGAUCAAUCUGAUGAAAACAAAAUGCAUUCUUUCAGACACUUUACCAGGAACAUCUGAUACUGUGGAAGACGUAAAUGUAUCAAAAGUAAAAGUGAAAUGUUUAAGAAUAGAGUUAGGAAAUGAUAGAAUAGAUCACUGUUUGUUAUCUUCACAUUUUCAUGCCACUAUUCUAUAAGGAAGUCUUUUAAAUUAUCCAAAUAUGACGGAAAUAUUGACGACUCUGGUGCCUUUUAUUUCGUGAUCACUAAAGUAUAUCUGAUCUGUAAAUGAAUGAAAUGUGUAUUUUCUAUAAAUGAACAAAGACAAGAUAUUGCAAGUUCCAUUAUUACAGAGAAAACUACGGAGUUUCAAGCACUCAGUAAUGCGUACUGGAAAUAAAUUUAUGUAUGUAAAAUAAAAUUAAUGGAAGACAAAAAAUGAGCCGAAUUUAAUCACAAACGUUAGAUACUAUUUCAUCUAUCAUUUUUCUGUAAUUAAAUGGAAUGCACAAAGUCAGAUAAGCAAACCUUGUUAAAUUUGUUUUAUUAUUAUUCUGUCAAGAAAAAUACCAUGAAAUUGUGCAACGUUUUUGUUUUACUUCAAAAAUGUAUUGUUGAACUGAUGAGAUUGAUGACAAUAAAAAUUCUCUCUUACAUGA